AUGAGCGCUGCAACCGAGACCAAACCUCUGCCGGAGUUCGACAUUGUCGCGACCUACCGCCGAAUCCUCAAAGAUGACCCCGAGCUGACCAUGCCGGUUGCCGCCAUUGAGGCCCUUGUCGAAGCGAUUGCGCAGAGCUCCGUGUCGACCGUCGCCGAAACACUUGCAUUGCUAGAGCGUCAUACUGCUGCCCUGAAGGCCUCGAUCGCAAACCCAAUCUCUCUCUCCGCCGGUACCGACCUGUUCCAGCGAUACCUCAUCACAACCCUCAACCGCCCCGCGAGCCUGAACCUGGGCCCCGACGAUGACUUCCGCGCAAUUCGCAACCACCUGCUGUCCAACGGCAAGCUCUUCGUGGAGCGCGCCAAGCAGAGCAGAGAGAAGAUUGCGAGCUUCGGCAAGCAUUUCAUCCGCGACGGGGCUACUGUCCUCACGAAUGGUGGAUCGCGAGUCGUGGGCGCGUUGCUGAGGAGGGCCGCCGAGUCGAGCACCAUCCGCUUCAGGGUCGUCUACGUACUGCCGCCCCAAGGCUCCUCCGAUCUGAAAGAGGGCCACCAGACCGUUGCCGACCUCCGCGCCAACAACAUCCCCGUCGCAGCCAUCCAGGACUCGGCUGUCGCAUACUCGUUGGGCAAGGUCGACAUGGUCAUCGUGGGAGCCGAGGGAGUCGUAGAAAACGGCGGCAUCAUCUCGCGCAUGGGCACGUACCAGAUGGGCAUACUGGCCAAGAGCAAGGGAAAGCCAUUCUACGUCGUUGCCGAGAGUCACAAGUUUGUGCGCCUGUAUCCCCUCAGCCAAUUUGACCUGCCCAUCGAGCAAAAGGUCCUUGAUUUCAAGACCGACGAGCAAGCUAGCAAAGAUGCUGCCAAGGAUGCGGAGCAGAAGAACCCAUUCGACGAGGCCAUUGCCGACAUGGACUCCAAAUAUCAGGACUGGGGAUCAAAACCCCAUGAUGCUGUCGACUUUACCCCUCCCGACCUGAUCUCUGGUAUCAUCACCGAGUCUGGUGUCCUCACACCGUCCGCUGUCUCGGAAGAGCUGAUCAAGAUAUGGUUCUGA